GAAAAUUCCUGAACUCUUGGCUCCACUGCUGCCUUUCCCGAUACCCCCAGCUGCGCCCCCUCCUCCUUCGGAUCUCUGCCGCCGCACCCCUCUCCGCCCCCGGAUCCCCAUUACCGCCACUCGUCGCCUUCCCCUCCUUCCCAUCUCCACCUCUCGCCGUCGCAGCAGCAACCCCUCAACUUUCCCUGCCUGGAUCUCCACCGCCGGCGAGUCCCCCGCACCUCCGCCGAAGCCUUUCGGUUCAUUAUGCUGACAACAACCAAUUCGUAGUACUUCCUCAGCUUUUCUUGUCUCCCCUGCACUGCACGCAAUAUGGAUGAAGAAAACGCUGUUGAGCUGCUGCAGCGCUAUCGCCGCGAUCGCCAUGUGCUGCUCAACUACAUCCUGUCUGGUAACUUGAUCAAGAAAGUUGUAAUGCCUCCCGGCGCAAUCUCUUUGGACGAUGUGGAUAUCGAUCAAGUCUGUGUCGAUUAUGUCCUCAACUGCGUCAAGAAAGGGCAUCCACUUGACCUUGGAGAUGCCAUCCGGCUUUACCAUGACAGCCUUGAUUACCCUAAUGUCGCUAACACGGGAACUGUGGAAGAGUUUUAUUUACUUACAAAACCCGAAUAUUCUGGAUCACCACCAGCAAGAGAACCACCCCCUGUCCCUGCCACCGCACCAUCACCAGUUGUGAUACCACCACCAGUUGUCGAACAACCACAGAUUCCUGUGCCAUUACCAGUUGCAAACCUGCCGAAAUCACUAUCAUUGGACUCUCCCACUGAGAAGGAAUUAACCAUAGAUGACAUUGAAGACUUUGAGGAUGAAGAAGAUGAAUUCGAUAGCCGAAGGGCUUCUAGAAGGCAUCAAACCGAUGCCAACGAUCUAUCAUUGCGGUUACCAUUAUUUGAAACAGGUAUUACAGAUGAUGAUCUUCGUGAAACAGCAUAUGAAAUCCUUGUUGCUGCUGCUGGUGCUUCAGGGGGGCUUAUAGUUCCAAAGAAAGAAAAGAAGAAAGAGAAGAGACACAGAUUAAUGAGGAAACUUGGCCGUAGUAAGAGUGAAAGUGUUGAAUCACAUACUCAGCGGCAACCAGGUUUAGUUGGUUUGCUUGAAAUCUUGAGAGCGCAACUUGAGAUAACCGAGUCCAUGGAUAUUAGGACUAGACAAGGACUACUCAAUGCUAUGGUGGGUAAAGUCGGGAAACGGAUGGACAAUCUAUUGAUUCCGCUGGAACUAUUGUGCUGUAUAUCUAGAGCUGAAUUUUCUGACAUGAAGGCAUAUCUUCGUUGGCAGAAAAGACAGCUAAACAUGCUGGAGGAGGGCCUAAUAAACCAUCCUGUUGUUGGAUUUGGAGAGUUAGGUCGAAAAGUCAACGAGCUAAGGAACCUUUUCAGGAAGAUUGAAGAAUCUGAGUCCCUUCCACCAUCUGCUGCGGAGGUUCAACGUACAGAAUGCCUACGAUCACUGAGAGAAGUUGCCACAUCUUUCUCUGAAAGGCCUGCUCGGGGUGAUCUUACUGGUGAAGUUUGUCAUUGGGCUGAUGGUUACCAUCUGAAUGCCGCCUUGUAUGAAAAAAUGCUCGGCAGUGUUUUUGACAUCUUAGAUGAGGGAAAACUUACAGAGGAGGUGGAAGAAAUCCUUGAACUCCUAAAGUCAACUUGGCGGAUACUAGGAAUCACGGAGACAAUUCAUGAUACAUGCUAUGCAUGGGUGUUAUUUCGACAGUUUGUUUUUACAGGUGAACAAGGACUCCUGAAAGUUGUGAUUGAGCAUUUGAGGAAAAUACCCUUGAAGGAACAGCGUGGUCCACAAGAGCGAUUACACCUGAAAAGUCUACGCAGUUCUGUUGAUGCCGAUGAUAGCUGUCAGGACUUCACGUUUUUUCAGUCUUUCCUGUCUCCAGUUCAAAAAUGGGUGGACAAGAAAUUGAAUGAUUAUCACCUGCAGUUCUCCGAGGGUCCCAAUAUGUUGGCUGAUAUCGUAACAGUGGCAAUGCUCACUAGGCGGAUCCUUGGUGAAGAAAAUGACAAGGCAAUGGAGUCACCUGAUCGAGACCAGAUUGAGCGUUACAUCACAUCUUCUGUCAAAAGUGCUUUCGUUAAGAUUGCACAUUCUGUAGAGGUUAAAGCAGACACGGCACAUGAGCAUGUUUUAGCAUCUCUAGCUGAUGAGACAAAGAAGCUUCUGAAGAAAGAUACAGACAUUUUUUCGCCAGUUUUGUCAAGAUGGCAUCCACAGGCCACUGUUCUUUCUGCUUCCCUUCUCCAUAAACUUUAUGGGAACAAAUUGAGACCUUUUCUUGAGCAUGCUGAGCAUCUUACGGAGGAUGUAGUUUCUGUAUUUCCGGCAGCUGAUUCUCUCGAGCAGUACAUAAUGUCUGUGAUGGCUUCUGUUGUGGGUGAAGAUGGUUUGGACAGUAUAUGUAAACAAAAGCUAGCUCCUUACCAGAUUGAAAGUAAAUCUGGCACGGUUGUUCUACGCUGGGUGAAUGGGCAACUGGAGAGAAUUGAAACUUGGGUUAAAAGGGCUGCUGAACAAGAGGCUUGGGAUCCUAUAUCCCCUCAACAACGGCAUGGGGGUUCUAUAGUAGAAGUCUAUAGAAUCAUAGAAGAGACUGCAGAUCAGUUUUUUGCAUUCAAGGUUCCCAUGCGAAUUAGCGAGCUAAAUAGCCUCUGUCGUGGUAUCGACAAGGCAUUUCAAAUUUAUACACAACUUGCUAUUGGACCCAUAGUUGAUAAAGAAGAUUUAGUUCCACCUGUUCCUGUUCUUACUCGAUAUAAAAAGGAGCUUGGGAUCAAAGCUUUUGUAAAAAAGGAAAUCCCGGAAGUUAGAACCGUUGAUGAGAAGAAAGCAAGUGAAAUUGUUCAACUUACAAUGUCAAAGCUCUGUGUGCGGCUUAACAGUCUAUAUUAUGGUAUAAGCCAUCUAGGCAAGUUGGAGGACAGCAUAAGUGAACGGUGGGCUAGAAGGAAAAGUGACAACAUUAACAUCAGACGAUCAAUGAGCGGAAAAUCAAAGAGUGUUGUCUCCAAUCAGAAGAAUCAAUUUGAUGGCAGUAGAAAAGAAAUCAAUGCUGCUAUUGAUCGGGUAUGUGAAUUUACAGGGUUAAAGGUCAUAUUCUGGGACCUGCAACAGCCAUUCAUCGACAACUUAUACAAAAACAGUGUUCCCCAAGCUCGACUGGACACUAUUGUGGAAGUGCUUGAUUUGGUACUUAAUCAACUUUGUGAUGUCAUUGUGGAGCAACUGCGGGAUCGUGUGGUUACAGGGCUUCUGCAAGCAUCCCUGGAUGGCUUACUUCGUGUAAUACUAGAUGGAGGUCCUACACGUGUCUUCUCUCCAAAUGAUGCCCCUCUUUUGGAGGAAGAUCUUGAAAUUCUGAAGGAAUUCUUCAUAUCUGGUGGAGAUGGGCUCCCCCGUGGAACUGUUGAGAAUUUGGUCUCACGCGUUCGUCCUGUAAUAAAUCUGAUCAAGCAAGAGACCCGCGUGCUUAUUGAUGAUCUACGAGAAGUUACUCAAGGAGGCAAAAGCAAAUUGGGAGGUGACGCCAAAACCUUGCUCAGGGUGUUGUGCCACAGAAAUGAUUCAGAGGCAUCACAUUAUGUAAAGAAGCAUUUCAAGAUACCCAGCUCUGCUCCUCCGAGCUCCUGAUCAAAUGCGAAUGGAAAAUCUGGAAAUGUGUCAGAAGGUAUAUAACGGAUGAACAAUGGCCAGCGUUGUAACCUAGGAAGCAUAUCUUGGUCGUACGGUCUUGUAAUAUUUGUGCAUUAUUAGCAGUGCAGUAGGAAUUAGGAAGCAUACACUGGUACAUGGGCAUUUUAUUAAUUGAUUGUUUCUGCCCAGGAAUGUCUUGGAUGGUGGUUUUGGUUUGUUUGAUUUGAACUUUUAGGUCGAUUUUGAUGGCAUUUC